AUGUCCCAUACGCAACCAUCCCCCACCACUGGGGUUGCGCCGCACCAGGCGCACCUCGCGGCGCAUGCCCAGGCCAAUGGCCACAUGCCUCCUAUGCCGACACAGGGCCCCAAGGGAGUCCCGCUUUCCACGGCUCAGAAGAUCGCGGCGCUCAAUGAGCAGGUGUGGCUGCAAAUCGGCAGCUUGACGGAAUUGAUGGGCGACCUGGAUGGCGCCAUGAACGCGUACGAGCAAGCUCUUCGCCACAACCAGUGGUCGAUUCCUGCCAUGAACGCCAUCUCCUGUAUCCUUCGCACGAAGGAGCAGUUCCCAAAGGCGAUCGAGUACCUGCAAAACAUUCUCAAGCUGGACCCUGCCAAUGGGGAAACCUGGGGGAGCUUAGGGCACUGCCAUCUGAUGAUGGAUAACCUGCAAGAGGCCUACACUUCCUACCAGCAAGCCCUUUAUCACCUGCGCGACCCCAAGGAACCGAAGCUGUGGUACGGCAUCGGCAUCCUGUACGACCGCUAUGGCUCUCUCGACCACGCAGAGGAAGCUUUCUCUCAGGUCAUGCGCAUGGCUCCCGAAUUCGAAAAGGCCAACGAGAUUUAUUUCCGCCUGGGAAUCAUCUACAAGCAGCAGCAGAAGUUCAGCCAGAGUCUGGAGUGCUUCAAAUACAUCGUCACUGACCCGCCUCGUCCCCUCACUGAGGAGGACAUCUGGUUCCAGAUUGGUCACGUUCACGAGCAGCAGAAAGAUUUUGAGUCUGCUCAGGCCGCCUACCGGCGCGUCCUCGAUCGGGACCCCAGCCACGCCAAGGUCCUGCAGCAAUUGGGAUGGCUCUACCACCAGCAGAGCAGUAGCUAUGCUAGCCAGGAGAAGGCGAUUGAGUUCUUAGAGAAGUCGGUCAACGCUGACAACAGCGAUGCUCAAAGCUGGUACCUCCUUGGUCGGUGCUACAUGUCCCAGGCCAAAUACCCCAAGGCAUACGAGGCCUAUCAGCAGGCUGUCUACCGCGAUGGACGCAACCCUACCUUCUGGUGCUCGAUCGGUGUUCUCUAUUACCAGAUCAACCAGUACCGCGAUGCGCUGGAUGCCUACUCUCGUGCUAUUCGCCUGAAUCCGUACAUCUCGGAAGUGUGGUAUGAUCUGGGUACACUGUACGAAUCUUGCAACAACCAAAUCGCCGAUGCUCUUGAUGCCUACGGUCGCGCUGCGGACCUGGAUCCCACCAACGUCCACAUCAAGGCGCGUCUGCAGCUGCUUCAGAGCCAGCUGCAGGGUGGUUCGAACCAGACCAAUGCCUCGGCUCCUGCACCUCAGCCGCAGGAUGUUCACCCCCAGGCCUACCAGGGUCCUGGAGUGGGUGCUCCUCCCGCGCCUCAAUGGGGUGCUCCAGCUCCGACCGGUGGUCCGAUGCCUCCCGGCCCUGCUCCUCCCCGCCAGCCUGCUGACUGGAACCGCGGCAUCAAUGAGCUGCAGUCGCAAGGUCAAGCCCCGCCGGCCAAUGGUGGCCCUGGCGCUCCUCAGCAGCCAAGCCCUCGCCAGGAUCCCGGUCGACUCCCGGAUGCCGGUCGCGGCGGGCCGCCCCGUUCGCCCAAGAUGGGUGGUCAAUACCCGCCUCCCAACACCCUGCCUCAGAUUGCCAACCCGCCUGCGUCUGGCCACGAACGCGCCCCGAGCGGUGGCUUUGGCGGCGGCGCUACCCGUGGUCCUCUGCCUCCCGCCCCGGCUGGUGGUGCUCCUCCUGCCAAUGGAGGUCAGGCUGGCAACGGAGCCGCCCCUCCCUACAACCGUCCGUUCACUCCCCCGACCGAGAUUCGGCCCCUCCGGGAUGAGCGACCCUCCUCGCCCGGUUCGGGUUACCCCCACCAGCAGUUCCAUACCGGUCCUCACCAAGGCGUUACCUCUACUGGCAUUGCUUCUGGUGCUCCUGCGCCGGCUUCUGCCGCCACGGCCGCCGAGGCUGCUGCUCGCGAGCGUAGUGAGGACCGACCGCCGUCUGCCAUGAAGCGCAGCCGUGAGUGGGAGGGCGAGUCUGGCCCCGUGAAAAAACAAGCCAACGAGGAAACCCGUGCCCGAUUGGAUGAUCAGAACAGCCGCCGUGCCAGCCCUCCUGCCCGGGCGGCUUCUCCCAACGAGAUGCAACGGAGUCCCUCGGAGAUCAAGCGUGAAGAGGCCCGUCGUGCCAAUGAGAAUUACCACCCCUCCGAGGCCGCUCAUCACCCCUCGACUCUGCCUUCCAUCCAAAAUAUGCCUCCCAGCACCUCUGGUGGCCCCAGUCUUCCUCCGAUGGCCGAGAGCGCUGCCCCGGCGUCGAACGGCCCGCCCGAGGGCCCUCCUUCGGCCCACACCCCUGUCAAGGAGGAGGCUCCUCGCUCCGAGGCUCCUUCGUCCCACGAGCCUGCUGCUCGCAAGAUGGACGUCGAUGAGGACUACGAUGAUGAGGGUGCUGAUGAGGAGAAGAAGACCGGCGCUGCUACUGCUGCUACAAAGGAGAGCCCUCACGACAGCAACACUGGCAACGCCGCCAAUGGCGAGGGCAAGGGCAGCCCGUCCAAGGCAGAGUCUUCUGCACCAGGCCCACGGGUGCUGAGUCAGCCCACAAAGCGUGCAAAAUCGUCCGCCGACUCUUUUGGAUUCGACACUCCUCCUACUUCGACGACUAACGACAACAGGGUCAAGAUGAGUCACCGCAAGUUUGAAGCGCCUCGCCACGGCUCCCUUGCCUACCUCCCGCGCAAGCGCGCCGCCCGUCACCGUGGAAAGGUCAAGAGCUUCCCCAAGGAUGACCCCAAGAAGCCCGUCCACCUGACGGCCUCCAUGGGCUACAAGGCCGGUAUGACCACCAUCGUCCGUGACCUUGACCGUCCCGGUGCCAAGAUGCACAAGAAGGAGGUUGUUGAGGCCGUGACCGUCAUCGAGACUCCUCCUCUCGUUGCCGUUGGUGUCGUUGGCUACAUCGAGACUCCCCGUGGUCUCCGCUCGCUCACCACCGUCUGGGCUGAGCACCUGAGCGACGAGCUCAAGCGCCGCUUCUACAAGAACUGGUACAAGAGCAAGAAGAAGGCCUUCACCAAGUACGCCAAGUCGCACGCCGAGGAGAAGGGUGCCUCCGUCACCCGCGAGCUGGAGCGCAUGAAGAAGUACUGCACCGUUGUGCGCGUGCUCGCCCACACUCAGAUCCGCCAGACCCCCAUCAAGCAGAAGAAGGCCCACCUCAUGGAGAUCCAGGUCAACGGUGGCUCCGUCGCUGACAAGGUCGACUUCGCCCAGAACCUGUUCGAGAAGACCAUCGACAUCGACUCCAUCUUCGAGAAGGAUGAGAUGAUUGAUGUCAUCGCCGUCACCAAGGGUCACGGUUUCCAGGGUGUCACCUCCCGUUGGGGCACCACCAAGCUGCCCCGCAAGACGCACAAGGGUCUGCGCAAGGUUGCCUGUAUCGGUGCCUGGCACCCUAACCACGUCCAGUGGACUGUGGCCCGUGCCGGUCAGAUGGGUUACCACCACCGUACCUCUUGCAACCACAAGGUCUUCCGCAUUGGCAAGGGUACCGAUGAGGGUAACGCCUCGACCGAGUUCGACAUCUCCAAGAAGCAGAUCACUCCUCUGGGUGGCUUCGUCCACUACGGUGAGGUCAAGAACGACUUCGUCAUGGUCAAGGGCUCCGUCCCCGGUGUCAAGAAGCGUGUCAUGACUCUGCGCAAGACCCUGUACCCCCAGACCAACCGGAGGGCCACCGAGAAGGUCGAGCUCAAGUGGAUCGACACCUCGUCCAAGUUCGGCCACGGUGCUUUCCAGACCCCCGAGGAGAAGCGCGCCUUCCUGGGUACCCUCAAGAAGGACCUUAUUACUACUGUUUAA